GGAAAUUUGGAGAAUGAGGGAGAUUGAAUGAAUUUCUGAUAGAAGCAGGAAAGUAACAGAGAGCUUGUGUGAGUUUGCUCGGUUGAAGCCACCAAAGUAUACUACAAAGAUAAGGGCAAAUCCAAGAAACUUCAGGAACGACAAAGAUAAUACCCAGGAGAAACACAAGAAGAAGAGAAACACAAUUUUUCAUUUUAGUCUCUUGCAUAAUAUCCCACCCAUUCUAAGUCAAGCAGAAAGCAAAAAGUACCAUAUCUGCAAGAUCUGUUGGGAAACAGUUACUCAAAAAACAUCUCAGCUUAAAAUAACUCUUUCAACAGUAAUCCAAUUUUAG